AAUGGCAAUAACUGAUAAACUUUGCUUUGGUUUCUCAACUGCAGCAAUAAUCAUAUAUGUAAGCUUAUUUGCAAUCACUAAUAUCCUUGGUUAUGGUCCUGUUAACUAACCUAUCAGCAAUGGAAGUAUAUUUAUAGGCCAAUGUUAGAGUAAUGCAAUUUGAUUUACUUUCCGGAUCCAAAAGAUAUUUCAAAGACUCUCUGUUUAGAUGAAUGUCCAAAAACAGGUGAUAAAAAAUUGUAAUGUGAUAAUUGUUCUGGAAAUAUUAUAAAUACAGAUGAAUGUAUUAUAUUAUUAAUUAAAUUAGACAAUCAUGGUUGUUUACCUACAUUAUAUUCUUAAUUAUAAUAAGUUAUGCCUGCUUUGGAAACACCUAAACUCAAUAACUUUACAUUAUCUUUGAUUUCAAACAGUGAAUUUGUUUUUACAGGACUAAUAUUACUACUAUCAAUUCUAUAUAUAAAUUAGAGAAUAUUCAGAUAAUAUUUUUCACUUAUUAUUUCAUUCUUAACUAAUUUUUAUCCAUAUUGUAUAUUAUGGUUAUCCAUUAUUAUGGCAAAUCGCUUGUCAACAUUUCAUGAUAUGGAAAAACUAUAAAGAGCAGGAGAAUCAAGAUAAUUAAAUUAAUAAUCAAUUGAAAUCAUAGUUCAAGCAUUCAAUUAUAAAACUAUUUAUACAAUACUUUUAUUGAUCUUAAUCAAAGUAUUUAUAGGAUCUCUUAUAUCUUAAUUCUUUAAUUAAAAUGAUAAAGAGGGAUAUAGAUUGAAAAGUUAUAUAUCUUUGACAAUAAGAAAGAAUUUAGGAUAAUAUACAUUUAGAUAUAAUUCUGUAAUUUAAUCACUUGUUAUCAUAAACUUUUUAGUAAUGUAUUAUUCCAUAACGUAUUAAUUAAUUAAAGAAUUUUAGUGGAGCAUUAAGUAUAGGUUCAAUUGACUCAACAAAACCUGUUUAUAGCCAAUACUCUACUUCCAUAUUAGGAAUUAUCUUAGCUAUUAUAUUAUUUUGCCUUUUUGUUUAUGCAUCCAAAAUAUUAAGAUUAUAUACUGAUUAUUUUAUAUACAUUUUUUCAUUAAAACAAUUGCUAUGGGAAGAAGAAUAAAAUAUAUAAAUUUUAAAGUAUUUAUCAAUUUGAUAUUUAAAUAGAAAUUCAUUUGAAGUAUUUGGAACAAUAUCUCUACUAGCUUUUAAGCAAAUCAUUUAUUCACCAAAAAGUUUAGGAAUUAAACUUAUGUAUUUAAUUAAAAAGCCUUAAAUUGCUCAUAAAUGGGAGAAUGAUUUAUCUUUAUUAACCUCACUAACAUUAGGUCGUUAAGUGUUUUAUUUGACUCAAAAUUAAGUAAAUAAUUAACCAAUAGCUUCAUAUUAAUUAUAAGAGAGUAUAGAUGCUUUAAAUAUAUAGGAUUUAGAUAUUGUUUAUUUAUUAUGUAUGAAUAAUUUAAAUUAUUAUAAUAGAUUAAUAAGCUGAAGCAAUUCUUAGAUAUUCUGGAUGGUCAAUGGGAUGUCUUAUUGGAAUUGUUAAUUCACUCUUUGGUUGUGGUUUCUCCACUAUUUUAUUAAUGAUUCCAUUGAGUUGUGAUCUUAAUUAUGUGAUCAGUGCAUAAUUAAUUAAAGGAUUUUUAACAUUUGGAUUGAUCGAAGGAGAUAAGGAUGAUGACAAAUUGAUGAAUUUUUAUAAAACAAUCAUCUUAAUUGAGAAAGAAGAAUAAUUGUCCAAGAAAAAAUAAUAAUAACAUUGAGU